AAUGCGUACUUCACCUGCUGGACGUUUAUUACUAACUUGUAUUUGUUCGUUCGUGUUUCCGUUAUUUUUGUUGGCAAUAUUGGAAUAUAAUUCCGAACACGACGAAAUGGAAUUUGAUUUUCAUGAUCGAAGAAAAAUGGAAUUAAUAUUUAUUGGAGGAAUGCAUCGAAGUGGCACAACGCUGAUGAGAACAAUGCUUGAUGCCCAUGCUGAUAUACGAUGUGGCCCUGAAAUUGCAGUCAUAACUGAUGUGUUGUUUUUAAGAGAGGAAAUUUCAAAUGAUCCAGUAAUUGCCUCCUAUCUUUCCAACAUUGACGUGUAUCCUGUAGUAACUGACAAUGCUGUUGCACAAUUUAUUCUGGAAGUAAUAAUUCGUCAUGGGCCACCGGCUAUUCGCUACUGUAACAAGGAUCCUUUUCAAAUGAAGUAUUCAAAAUAUCUCCAUAACUUGUUUCCAAACGCAAAGUUUGUUUUGAUGAUACGUGAUGGAAGAGCAAUGACUCAUUCUAUCAUAUCGAGAAAACUUAAGAUAUGGAAGUAUAACAUUGAUAGUUAUAGGGAAACGCUGUCAAUAUGGAACGAAAACAUUGAAAUAAUGUAUAAACAAUGUAUAGAGCUUGGUGACAAGACAUGCCUACUUGUACAUUACGAACAAUUAAUAUUACAACCAGUCUCAACUACCAAAAAAUUGUUUAAGUUUAUCGGAAUACCUUGGAGUAGUGCAGUUCUGCAUCAUGAAAAACAUACGAAUGAAAGUGAUUUCUCAACGGCCGAGGUAUCCACUGAUCAAGUAUCCAAACCCCUGUAUUUGGCCGGACUCACACAAUGGUUUGGAAAUAUUCCGGAAGACGUAGAAAGAGAUAUGAUGAAAAUUGCACCAAUGCUAAGUGUUCUAGGAUAUAAUCCAGAAGACAAGACCCCCAACUAUGGAGAACCAGAUGAGUUCGUCAAAGCAAAGAUUAAUAAAGAAAAGAAGAAUAACAUCACAAGUUAACGUCUUUAUAACGGGCUAUACAACGCCGCAGUAUGGUUGCUUGAUCUCAUUGUAAUGAAAAUUGUUAAUACAUUUGCAAUAUAUUACAACUUACAUAUUAUUUAUACCAGAUAAUUAUGUUCAGUCGGACAGAAAUUGUAAUUGGCAAGUGUUGCUUUAUACCAAUAUAUACGGACUUUUAACGAUGCUAUAAUAUAUAUAUAUAUAUGCCAAAUCAUUAGGGCUACAUUCUAUCAGUAUUGCUGUGUUGUGUCACUGACCCUCUUUGAUAUCCGUUGUAAUACAUAUUUUUUUAUUUCCCCCCUAGACCAGUAGUUCUCAACCGGGGGCCGGUGGCCCCCCAAGGGAGCCACGACACAAGGCUAAUAAUUUAUUAUAGAGCGACUUCGUUUGCAUACUUUUCAUUUAAAAGAAAAUCCACCUCAGUUUUAUUACCUCAGUCACAAGGUGUAUUCACUUUCUUGUGUGAGCGAAUUGUUUGAUCAUAAUUGAAUUUUGAAUAUACUAAUCAGAAUAGUUUGUUAGUAGGCCAUCUAACCUGCAGACGAGCAGUUUCGCUAGACUGCGAGAUGCACUAGUGCAAAAAGCCUCCGGAAAGGGGCCACGAGCCGUAAAAGGUUGAGAACCACAACCACUGCCCUGGACUAUUAUGCGUACCCCUUAUUGCUUAUUCAAUGCCGUUUUGCCCAGUCUGCCUAUUGGAAAGAUUUGCAUUAGGAGGUGCGGUCAGAUGAUAAGUUUCUCUGCCUUCUUCGUCCGGUUGAGUCGGAGUUGGUUGCUUUUUACUUGUGUCUGCUACUUAUCCUAUUUCAAGUGUCGAGUUUUUUUUUCAAUAAAUAAACAAUCCGGGUCCUAUCAUAUAACAAACAAAACUAUAACAAUGGCGAGCAUGCCAGGAUGUGGUCGACAACGAACCAUGAACAAUCCGCGACAGUUGUUUACACGCCGGCAGUCCUCACUCCAAAUUGUGGAAAUGUCACUCCGCAGCGCGAUCAACUUUGGAGAAAGUUGAAAAAUUUUGUUUCCUUGUUAAACUUUUGGCUGGCGGAAACUGACUUUUUAACGACUAUGACUUCCAUUGCUGUCGUUAAAUAUUGUAAAACCUGGGUAGUUCAACUUAGUAGAU